CGGAUCAAUAGCCUGAAGAGAUAGGAAAAUCUAGACUCAGGUCUCAUCUCUUUCGGCGCGGGUCAUUUGUGGUGUGGAAGCUGGGAUUGCGUAUCGAUUAGUGCCGUUCAUGUUAGCUGCGAAUCUAGUCCGGGCAAAUGCAGGGGAGCUUCAAGAUUCAGCUCAUAAACAUGGGCACACGGGCGGCUGCCUAGGCGUCUGAACAGGGGGCCCUCAUUGCGUAGAAAGCUUUUUGUGUGUACUAAUGCUGCCCCCGCAGGCUGAUAACAUGCAGUAUGUGUCGGAGCCACUCAGCCAGAAAGUCACGGCGAAGAUACGCAGCCUGUAUGACUGCCAGCUGCGGCUGAUGCACAACAUCCAGCCGCUGCCGUCGGGCAUUGACAUCGCGAACACCGUCAAGUACUUCUCACAGACGCUGCUCAGCGUCCUCAAAGAUGUGCCCCGCUCUCCCCUGGAGAUGCUGCGCGACGCGGACAACGAUCCCGACCGGAUGAUACUCUAUCCCAACCUCGACUACAAGGGGUUGUUCAACGCUAUAUCCCAGCUGGUCGAUGCUGCUCCACAUCUGCAGUAUGGGAUACAGGCAUUUGGCCAAGCAGUUCUCCAGUGCCUGGGCUGUCUCCUCCCAUUCCUGGAGUACGACAUGAUCGACAACUUGCCUUACCUGGUGGCGUACUGCGUGGCUGUCUUCCCGGUGACGCUACACCAACAGAUACUGCACCUGCUGUGCUAUUACAUACUGCCUUUUACUAUCACACGUCGCUAUUCUGGCCUAGAAGAGGAAAGCCAGGCGUCUCAGUCUGUAGCAGCCAUUGUCAUGAUGGUAUUCCAGCAUUCUAGCAACCCAGCCCACCACUGCCAACUCCUGGAAUGCCUCAUGUCCAUGAAGCAGACAGUCGUCAAAGACAUCCUCUGCGUCAUCGCUUACGGAACCUGGGGCGCGAGGCUGUCAGCCGCCAAACUGCUGUUCUACUACUGGCCCCCGUUUGACGCCAAGCUGUUCGACAGGAAAGGCCUGCUGUGCAAGUUUUCAAACGACCUCGUCCCAUUCCUGUGCCAACGGGACAUGUGUCCCAACGCGGGCACAGCGGAGGCGGCGAAGGUGUGCUACGACCACUGCAUCAGCGUCACCUUCGCGUCCGACAGCCCGCCGCCGCUGUACCUGUGCAUUGAAUGCGCCAACGAGAUCCACAGAGAGCAUCCGAAUCAAAGAUUCUUUGAUAUCCUGCAUCCACAACAACAAGUGUCAAUGGUCUGCGAGAAUAAGAAUUGCCGCUCUACAGAUAAGGCGGCCUUCUCAAUUUGCUUCUCGAACGAGUGUGCAAGUUAUAAUGGCAACCAUCCUAUCAGAUACUGCCAACAGUGCCACGGCAACCGCCACAACAGCCGACGCGGUGGCGAUCACGUGGUGCACACGCGACUGCCGCACGCGUGGCAGAUGGAUAGCGAUAUGCAGACCAACCUCGUGGAAGCCAUCAUGAGUUUAAUGAAGGAAGCGAAACCGAUCAGCCUGGAAGACCCUGACAACACCAGCCAGAGUGAGGUCAUGAAGCCGCCGGUCUCAGCGAACUUUUCCGACCCCAUCUCGGUGGAAGACCGACAGCUUUUGGGCAGGUAUGGAGUCUGGUUGAUGGUAGGACUAUGCACGCCAAAUCCCGACACUCCAGACGAAGUCUUGGGCCGCUUGCUGUCGGUGCUAUUCCACUGGUUUCACGUCACGUCCUUCUCUUAUGUCGGGGAGACAGCAACAACAGUAGAGAAACUCAAGAUCGAACACGUCUGUGGUUGGCUACGCGGCCUGGCAGAGACGCACCGCGACGUGCUCAUCGCGUGCCUCAAGCCGCAUCCGCCGCAAUACACACGCGCCGCGGGUCACUGGGAGAACCUGGACUCCAAGACCAUCCACCUCAAGGACGGGCUCAACAGGUUAUACUGCCUGAUUCCUUACGGCAUAGUCACGCAGUCUAUUUGGGACAUAAUCAUGCCGACUUGGAUGGAAUCCAUAUGCAACGAAGUACCAGAAAGGGAACUCCUAGACCUAAAAAUACCUCUAGCAAAGAUCCUAGAGCCAGACGGGACUAUGGUGGGAGUAGAAGAGAAGAAACUAUACAACUUCGCCAUGAUCAAGGUCACUGAAACUCCUACACCAGACACCGUGUUGCCCGUGCUGGAGUGGUUCCAGACUAUUUCAAUGCUGGAAGUGAAGAUACCCCUCAACCAACUGUUCGAAGUGUUCAGCCACUGCGUGGUCAACCUGCCUGAAAAGAUAUUCAAGCCAACUAAAGAUAACACAAAGAUAGACAACAGUCCUCCCAACACUCGAGACAGGAACGGAAACGGGAACGGUAACGGGAAUGGGAACGGUAACGGGAACGGAAACGGGAACGGGACAGAAAAAGAGAAAAUAAUAGAGAAGGAUGAUCAUGGGAAACCGCAGAACUUGACCUGCUGCAUAUUGAUGCUUGACAUUCUGCUGAAACAGAUGGAGUUGCAGCAGCGUCGGAUCAACAUUCAAAACGUUAGCAGUGAGGCAACGAAGCUGCUUCGUCUUAUGUUGAAAUCUAAUCAGCUGAACACUAUCGAACAUGCGGUGUGCCUUGCGGAAGGCGCCUGCUCCUACUGCGAGGCGGCGGCUCUAUGGCACCAGCUAGCUGUUCUACUGGUUAGGGCUCUGGUGCCGGAUCGGCCGAAGCCUCCGCCUGAGCCACCCCUAGAAGACAUGUGGUCCGACAAGAAGAACCAAUCGGAAGACGAACGCAGCAAGUCAGGCGGCACGCCAGCCAGCUCGGUCGACGCGUUGCUAUCUCUCGCACACGGAACGGGCGCGGAUCGCAGUUCAGUGGGCGGAGUUCUGGUGCAUAUGCCGCAUUUUGUUCAUUUCAUGCAACUCUCACUUAUAAGCGACGUCGCUACGGACCCCCCACUGACUAAACCGUAUGACACCGGUGACGGUGACACACAAACCGGUGACACGCAAAUCAUGACAGCGACGGUGGAGACGAUCACUGAACAGCUGGACAUGGCUGCCGCGCUGCCGCCCGCUGACCAGCCGCCGAUGGCUACUGCUCACACAAUCACGCUAACGGAUACUGACGUAGCCACUGCCACUGCUGACGUUUCGACUCCAAACCUGCUUGGCGAGAAUGAAGGUAUGCCGGAGUCUGUCGAAGAAGAUAUGACCAACUUCUGGCCGACCUCCGCUGGGAAGUUCCAUUUCUGUAUUGAAGAGCUGCCUCAGGAACUUCAAUACAUACAUCAGCUGCUACAGGAACUCAAAAGCACUUCGCGACCAGAUGUGCUGUACCAUCUCCUGCAGUGUCUUCAAGUGCUGGUCUUGAACGCCGAUGCUUUAGCCGAUCACAGGGGCUUCCUGAUUUGGUGCCAGGAGAAUCUUCUUAUUGACAACCUAUGGAACGUCUGCAACGCCAGCCAUUCCCACAUCUGCUCAGUAGCAGUCCCAGUGCUUCUCCACUGCGUGACGUUAGCUGGUGGUGCUGACGUGUUCUGCAACCUCAUACGCGACCAGUUCCAUCACCACGACCAUAGAGUUCGAUUCACGGCGGUGGAGCGAGUCACCGUUAUCAUCAGAUUCAUGGACGGCUCUCCCAUCAAAACCAGCCUGCCUCUACAGACAGCGCUGGCGACCGCCUUCUGCUACCUCAUCUCGAGUAUGGACGACAUCAACGUAUACGUCGCGCAACGGGCCACGCUGUACAUCGGGACUGUGCACGACAAUGCUAUUGACCUUCUCCUAUUCUGCCUGGAGACGCAAUUCGACCUGGUCAUAGUAGACCGGCCGAUGGUGCUGCAGUGCAUCUACCAGCUGCACAACACGCUCAGCGACCGCCGCAUCCUCACGUGGGAGUUCUUCCUCAACCGCUUCGAGGCGCUCUUACUGGAAGCCAACAUCAACUCCAACAAGACCGUGGACUUUACCAACUUGAGGGAACUCGUGAGCAGCGAAACUAGUUCUGAAUGGUUCCUGUACAAAGUGCGUCGCGCACACGAGGCCCUUAGUGUGUCUGCGAGGGAACCGAAUGCGAACACUCUCAGUGCGUCGUUUGGCACCAAAUGGCCCUACAAGAGGACCAUAUCCGCUCCGGCGACUAUGCCACCACACCCAGACACUAGGCAUGAGCGUGAGAAAGUGUACUCCCGACAGUACUCCGCGCCGUUGCUCAAGCGCAAGACUUCGAGAUUCGGCUUAGGGCAGCUUCUAGCUACGCCGCAGCCUUUGGCACCACAACGCUCUAAUAAUACUCAUGAUGGAUUCCACUCCCUGUCCGGUCGGUCGACAGAAGAUACGCUAACAACAGUGCUGCCUAAAAUUGAUCUCGAAGAAGCUGACAGAGAGACCACUAAUCUGCUGGUAUUUCUACUGAUGCAGUUCUUAUCCAGGUCAGAUCAAGCUCACCCCACCGAAGACAAGGCAAUAGCCAAAACACAGGAGUUAGUACUGAAGCAUCUCUUCCUUUUGCUCGGGUACAACUGUAACGAAAAGUACUUCCACAUCUCGCCAUAUACUCUAAGGCAAUCGUCAAUCUUCAACGCGUUUAUGGCCAACCUACCUCAAGUGUUGGAUCAAAACCACGUCAUGGGUGCUUGCAUUGCUGAACCUACACUGCUGCUGCUACAGUACUGCAGCGGAGGCACCUACGGCUCUACCAAUCCGCCGGCCGCCACUCAUUCCUUAGCCGCGUUAGAACCGCACGUCAGGAGGCAUUGGCUGAUGGCGCUACUGGUCGUUUUGUACAAGUACCACUACAGCAGCGGGCCGGUAUGCAACCAAGUGGUGUCGCUGGUGCGGAUAGUCCUGCAUACCGUGGAAGCGCAGCAUCAUCAAUGCAAGAGGAUCCCGCCGAUGAUUGUUAUGCCGCAUAUACCGCGCCCGAGAGAUCUCAGCCAGCCGUCUCUCAAGACAGAGUUAGAAGCGACAACCGCGGCGGCCGGCAGCAGCCCGCUGGCAGCCCUGGAGCGCAAGCCCAAGCUGACCGCCAAGCCACACAUGCACACGCACUGGGAGGAGCCCGCCAAGGCCGCCAAAUAUAAACAAUGGAGUUUGGAACAAGAAUCAUCCGAAAGCGAGUUGAUAGCAAUUCCAGAGACCAGCGACAAAUCCGAUACUACUGUCCAUGGGAGCACUGCGCCGGGAUCCUUCGAUGAGCCUUCUCACUACGAGGACCCGCCGCCCAAGAUCGAAACGCCAGCCGCCUCAGCUCAUCCACCGUUGAAUAAGAUUAGUACGGCCGUCGGGUCUCGUUCUGCUCACCAGCUGUCUACCAGUUCAUCCGUGUCGAUUGGCAGCGAUUCUUCUAAUUUAAAAUCAACCCCAAUGAGCGGCCAGUCGGUGGAAAUAUGGCCCGACCAGUUGCAUCAACAGACAUCCCCUCGGGCUAAAAUACUUGGAAAACAGAAACGGAUUGUUGUGGGUAGCAGUACUUCGCCUGAUACGGCGCCGUCUUCGAACGGCGAUGGACUGGCCGCGACGCACCACCAUCCCAGGCACAGGAGUCCAGUGAAGUGUGGCAAUCCCUAUGCGUCGCCGGAGUCUCCGCUAUCAAAGAUGGAACUCGCGUGGAGCGCCGUACCGCUCGCGCCGCAUCCACCGCCUCACCAGCCCUUCCACAUCCCGCCACAGGAGAGACUCUUGCCAAUAGGACCGAAACCGAACAAGGAGCAGUAUCCAGUGUUCAAUGCUUUAGUCGAUCGAGUGAGAGAAGCAUUAAGCCUACCCGCAGACGAUUCAACAGACAAGACUGAUUCAAGUCGAUCGGAGCAAGAACCUACGCCCACUCCUCAGACGAGACCUCAGGACUUGACCAAAAAGCUGUCUUCUGAAGGGACAAGGUCGCGGGGUGCUUCGCCCCGGAGGCUGGCGCGCCAGGUGGCACAGACCGGCUCCCCGCCGCAUCAUCAUAUGCCAAGACGUCCGCUGUCCACUGAUAGCGGCUGCGAAGGCGGCGACGCGGGCGACUGCGGCUCAUGCGGCUCUGGCGGCUCGGGCGGCUGGUGGGACGACGGCUCGCGCGCCGCACACGCCGCCGCCGCGCGAGCCGAGACCGCGCUGUGCUACCGCUGUGCUGAAUGCGGGAUAGCAGUGGAACAGUACAGCGACGAAGAACUGGGCCUCUGCGUGAUAGCGCUCGCUACAUUCGUGCACAGGGAACCAGCUGCGGCCGCUGCUGUUCUGCCCGCACUGUUACACGCCGUCAGCAGGGUGGUGCAGCUAGGCAACUACUCGUGGCAGGCCGAGACAAACACGCGUCUCCCGGGCAGCGCCGUGUUCGUUGCACAUCAGUUCUUACGCUGUGUGCUUCAUCAGCUGGCGCCUAAUAACGUCUUCCUGCAGAUCUUCCUUCAGAGGACCCCUGAAAAACAACGCCUGAUGUUCUUCAAGAGCAUCGCGCAAGCGUUCGUGGACUUCAACGAGUUGUACCCGUGCGGGCCUUUACAGCUUGUGGUCGAACAUCUGAACUCCAAGAAGACCCUGCCGAUUGACCAAAUAACAAUAAUAGCGGGCAACAUAGCGAUGUACCUCGAAUGUCUCGCGCCCGAAGCGCUAGGGCCGCCCAGCGCGUGCGCACCGUUACUGCAGCAACUCGACGCGCUUCUGCGCAGCACUGCGCUACAACUGCAGCAGUUAGAUGACGUGUUGCCACUGCUGCGGUGUGCCAUCGCCAUUCUUAAGCUACCCGCCGCUGCCAUGCACAAGAGCAUCCUCGAGCCAAUAUCAAAGAUAAUCAGCUACGGCAUCCAAAACUUCGUGGUCAAGCUCUCCGUAAUCUCCGAAUUGUCUGUGGUCUGCGUGCGCGCCUUCAGCCGCGACAGAGACAAGUUGCUCGUGUGCAGAGUGCUUGUCUAUGAACUCGUGCAGGCGUUGAGGACUAAAACCACUGUGCCUGAUGAUAACCUGUUUAUACUGAUACAGUACGUGCUGCAAGGACACGGCUGCACCCUCCUUCUACCGCCUCAGUUAAACACAGGCGACCUACUAACGGCAGGCCCCAGUGGGGCCGAGGCGCGCGAGCUCGGCGGCGGCGCCGUAGACUGCAUGCGGCCGCACCUCGCCGACAUGCUCGAGCUGCUGCAGGACCCGCACCUGCUCAACAAGAUCAAGGGUUCCGUCUCAAAAUCAAUCGUCAACCGCAACCUGAUUUGCCUGAACGAAGACACCUUGGGCUCCAUCGUCAAAGGCGGCAUCGCGCAGUAUGUGGCAAUGGAGUUGGCUUUGGAACACGGGCGAGGGAGGCAGGACCGGCCGGCUCAUAGGCACAUGCCGUGGCUCACCGCUUCGAUUCCCGGGUCCCGCGAACUAUGCGAGUGUGUGGGCCGCGCGCGACUAGUGUCGUGGCUAGUGAUGGGCGCCCUGUGCAACGCGCGGGGCUCGCUGCCGCUGCACCAGCCCGUCCCGCAGGACGCGUCGUGCCACAUCACCGACCACAUCCAGACGAUAAUGGCGUCUUACGUGGAACAAUCCAAACCGACAGCGCAGCGCAUGAACGCUUUAUUCCACGCGUUCAUCCUCUGCCAACUGUGGACGCUAUAUCUGGAAGAGCUGGCCAAUAGUAGCACUCCGAGUAGCGAGCCGCACAACACUACUGUAUGCAUCUUGCUGGAGUUCUGGUGCAAGCUCGUGCCAAGUAUCUUGCAGGUCACCGUCACGUCCAAGCUGCUCGCGGAAACUGUAAAUCUCCAUUUCUUGAGCAUCUUGGAGUCUCUACUGGAGUGCAACUCGACGGUCUUGAACAAACUACUACCGCUGUGGACGCCUAUACUGCACUCUCCCUUAUUCAAUAUGCCACGCCACGUCGCGCAACGUUUAGACGUCUGCCGCGAAGUAAAACCAGAAGCGGUGCGGACUUACAGCUCCGUAGCAUCGUCUACCACCGUCGCCUGCAGCGGCGGCGUCACCAGCGGGCCGGCGGCGCGCGCGCAUAGGAGACUGCACCGAUUGUUGGCCAAGAUGGCGCAGCUAGAGUUGCAGCCGCAUACUUUCUACUUGAUAUAAAUAUGAAGAUAAAGAUACAUAAAGAUUUGUGGCUAUGACGGCGAGUGUCACCAGCGACGUAAUGCGACCAAUACUUCACGUGACAUAUGACAGAUGUCAUGACACGCGACUACGUAGGCCACUGUUAUAGAUGAACUACACGAACCGUCCCACCCGUGACAUUGACAGGAGGCGCCAUCGUCAAUACCGGAUCGCUGGUUCCGAUUUUGGCUACGGUUGGAAAACACUGAAAUGUCAUUCGCAGGAGGGCGCUGCCAUCAAUACCGGGUUACUAAUUCCGAUCUUACAUACCUUCUACUUGAUAUAAACAUGAAGUUAAUGUUCACCUAUUGUCCUAGAUGAGCGACGGAACGCGACAUAAAGCCACGCGACGCGACGCGAGGUAAUGCGACCAAUACUUCACGUGACGCGUGACAGAUGUCAUGACGCGGCUACAUUGGCAACGCCACAAAAACUUAUUUUUUAUUCACAUAGGACAACGGGCUUUUGUAGGUUUUUAUCUUAGGCCAUAGUUAACUAUCAGAUCAAAUACAAAACCUACAGAUCCGUAGCGUCCUUUGCCACCGUCGCCUGCAGCGGCGGCGUCACCAGCGGGCCGGCGGCGCGCGCGCAUAGGAGACUGCACCGAUUGUUGGCCAAGAUGGCGCAGUUAGAAUUACAGCCACACACCUUCUACUUGAUAUAAACAUGACGACAAGGGUAGUUGCAAUGAUGCCUAUGAUGAGCUAGCGUAUCUUACACCUAGGUAAACACAUCCUAGCCCCCCAAAAGAUACUGCAGUCUGCACUAUAGAUUCAGGAGUCAGAGGCUACCUGUAACAUAGUGACGAUUACAAUAGUUCGAUACCGGUCGCAGUGAUACUAGCCGGGGCUAGGAUGCGCGCUAUGAUAAAAUCUUAUCAAUGAUUUAAGACGACAAAUGUAUGGGCUUAUCACGUUUACGUGAUAUAAUAACGAUAAAAUAACGCGAUAAAAACUUAUCGCACCGCUCAUCUUAGGUAUAAAAGACUCAAAUCAAAUCAAAUAUAUAAAAUUUAUUUGCAUAAAACAGGGUUACAAUGGGUCUUUUACAUUUUCAUGUUUCGAAGUGUCAGUGCCUGUUCAGCCAUAAGUCUGUGGGAGACGAAUCGAACGCCUCCUCACAUUAAUUUAGCAGAAGUAGAAUUUAUACAAAUUAUAAGCGGCUUUCAAUAAACAAAUAUAUUUACAACUGACUAAAUUACAAAAACAUUAAAGAAAUAAAAUUAUCAAUCUGAACAAAAUCAAAAAAGCGAGAGAAAAGCUAGUGUCAAAGGUGACAAUAUAAAAUCUUCUUUUUUAUUGCCGGCCAGGAGCGCGCGGCACGGAGCGCCGCGGGCGGACCAAUGAGUUCAUGAGCGCACAUAGAUCGCCACAAGUCAUAGCAUGCAAAUAUUGAGAAUACCUCCGUUGAACUAGAAUGCCCCGUAGCGUCGUCUACCACCGUCGCCUGCAGCGGCGGCGUCACCAGCGGGCCGGCGGCGCGCGCGCAUAGGAGACUGCACCGAUUGUUGGCCAAGAUGGCGCAGCUAGAGUUGCAGCCACAUACCUUCUACUUGAUAUAAAUAUGAAGAUAAAGAUACACAAAGAUUUAUGACUAUGACGGCGAGUAUCACCCGCGACGUAAUGCGACCAAUACUUCACGUGACAUAUGACAGAUGUCAUGACACGCGACUACGUAGGCCACUGUUAUAGAUGAACUACACGAACCGUCCCACCCGUGACAUUGACAGGAGGCGCCAUCGUCAAUACCGGAUCGCUGGUUCCGAUUUUGGAAAACACUGAAAUGUCAUUCGCAGGAGGGCGCUGCCAUCAAUGCCGGGUUACUAAUUCCGAUCUUACAUACCUUCUACUUGAUAUAAACACGACGACAAGUCACCCGCUAUUUAAUGCUACCAAUACUUCACGUUAUAUGUUUAAGUCUGAGAGUCAACCUGGACAUGAGCUCCCCUGGCUUACCUGGAAGUUUUUAAAUAGACUUCGGACGCAGGUCGGCCGUAGUAAGAACAAUCUGUUCAGGUGGGGAUUCUUGGAUGGCUCAAACUUAAGAGUGCAGGUGUAGUUUAGUUAGUCGAAGAAGCACAUGAUGUCGUGCCUUGCGUGCCCAAACAACUGCACGCAGGAAGAUUUAAUGAAGGCUACUGACAACGCCCUCUUGUGGCGGAGUUUUGGGCUGACACUGUGUAGGUUUGUUGUCGACACGAGAAGAAGAUAUGACGGAUGUCAUGACACGCGACAACUAUCAGGUCAAAUUCAGAAGCGGUGCGGACUUACAGCUCUGUAGCAUCCUCUACCACCGUCGCCUGCAGCGGCGGCGUCACCAGCGGCCCGGCGGCGCGCGCGCAUAGGAGACUGCACCGAUUGUUGGCCAAGAUGGCGCAGCUAGAAUUACAGCCACAUACUUUCUACUUGAUAUAAAUAUGAAGAUAAAGAUACAUAAAAAUGUAUGACUAUGACGGCGAGGGUCACCCGCGACGUAAUGCGACCAAUACUUCACGUGACAUAUGACAGAUGUCAUGACACGACUACGUAGGCCACUAUUAUAGAUGAACUACACUGAACCGCGCCACCCGUGACAUUGACAAGAGGCGCCAUCGUUAAUACCGGAUCGCUGGUUCCGAUUUUUGCCAUGUUGGAAAACACUGAAAUGUUAUUAGCAGGAGGGCGCUGCCAUCAAUGCCGGGUUACUAUUUCCGCUCUAUGCCAUUUGACGUUUCAAAAUCGCCCAACUAUACAAAACGACUACUUGAUAUUUUUGCAUCGGGUCGCGAUGCUGCGUUUUUCAUUCACCUAGGACAACGAAUUUUUGUGGGUCUUUAUCUUCGGCCAUAGUUAAUUAUCAAGUCAAAUACAAAAGCGGUGCGGACUUAUAGCUCCGUAGCAUCCUCUACCACCGUCGCCUGCAGCGGCGGCGUCACCAGCGGCCCGGCGGCGCGCGCGCAUAGGAGACUGCACCGAUUGUUGGCCAAGAUGGCGCAGUUAGAGUUGCAGCUGCACACCUUCUACUUGAUAUAAAUAUGAUGACGAGAGUAUUGCAGUAUAAGUUUGUCCCGGAGGAAAGUCAGUGUACCUGCAAAAAAAAAUAAUUAAAAGAACAUAAAAAGAGUGAAAUUAAGGAUCGACUUCUGCACUCCUUGCCUACGUGGAUAGUUGAAAGUUUGUUUGGAGAAUCAAUUAUUUCUCAAAUACAUUCGUUUCAUAAUAAGAGCCUAAAAAUCAACGCUAAUAAAUAAGGCAGUGAAUUGGAAAAUUAUAAAUAACUUGAAAAAAUCUAACUGCCUAAGGCGGGAAUUGAACCCACGACCUUCCGCUUACCUGGCGACUGCUCUUCCAACUGAGAUUGAAUUUGAGAUGCGACUCAACGCUAAAAAUUAAAAUAACUAGGGCAAUGAAUGUAUUGAAACAGGUACAAUAAGAUCUCAAUUUGUGCCAAGUGAAAAUGUGUAAGUCCUCCAAAGUUCUCUUAAAAUGAAUUAAAACUAAUUAUGUAACACAACGAUUUAGAAAGCUGUUAAUUCUAUGCAGUAAUUAAUAAAUGUGAUUGUAAACCAAAAUUUGUUGAUAUUAGGUUUA